AUGAAUGUUCAACAAACACAACAACAACAAGCUAUGGCAGCACAACAACAAUCAAUGGUAGCACAGCAGCAACAACAAAUAGCACAACAACAAUCAGCCAUUGCACAACAACAAAUAGCUCAACAACAACAAAUAGCACAACAACAACAAAUAGCACAACAACAACAACAACAUCAACAACAUCAACAACAUCAACAACAACAUCAACAACAACAACAACAUCAACAACAACAUCAACAACAACAGCAUAUACAACAACAACAGCAACCACAACAACAGCAACCACAACAACAACAAUCACAACAACAACAACAACAACAUCAACAACAACAACAACCACAACAACAACAACCACCACAACAGCAACAACAACAACCACCACAACAGCAACAACAACCACAGCAACAACAACAACAACAACAACAACAACAACAACAACCACAACAACAACAACAGCAACAACAACAAGAUCAAUUAAGUGGUGUUACUGGUAAAAUUAGAGACUUGAAUGAAUCAAUUUGGAUUCAUUUAGGUGGAUAUGCAGAAUCAAUUGGAGAACAAGAUAAAGCAUUGGCAUCAUAUGAGAAUGCACUAAGACAUAAUCCAUUCUCAAUAAAGGCACUCACACAAAUAGCAUCAUUAUUUAGGAUCAAAGAACAAUAUUCAAAGGCAGCUGAAUACUUUCAAAGAAUAGUGACCAUUGAAUCAAAGAAUGGUGAAGUUUGGGGUGCAUUAGGUCAUUGUUAUCUCAUGAUGGAUGAUCUUCAAAAGGCAUACACUGCCUAUCAACAAGCUCUAUAUCAUUUACCAAAUCCAAAGGAUCCAAACCUUUGGUAUGGUAUUGGUAUUUUGUACGAUAGAUAUGGUUCAUACGAUCACGCUGAAGAAGCUUUUACAGCUGUCUUAAAAAUGGAUAAUAAAUUCGAAAAAUCUACUGAAAUUUAUUUUAGACUUGGUGUUUUAUAUAAACAUCAAGGUAAAUAUGAUCAAUCUUUAGAAUAUUUCCAACAUUUAGUUAAGAAUCCACCAUUACCAUUAACGACAUCUGAUAUUUGGUUCCAAAUUGGUCAUGUUUAUGAAUUACAAAAAGAAUAUCAUAAAUCAAAAGAUGCAUAUGAAAAAGUAUUAAAAGAUAAUGCAACACAUUCAAAAGUUUUACAACAAUUAGGUUGGUUAUAUCAUCAUAAUCCAUUAUUUACAAAUCAAGAGUAUGCAAUAAAUUAUUUGAUGAGAUCAAUUGAUUCAGAUUCAUCUGAUGCACAAACAUGGUAUUUAUUGGGAAGAUGUUAUAUGACUCAACAAAAGUAUAAAAAAGCAUAUGAUGCCUAUCAACAAGCAGUUUAUAGAGAUGGUAGAAACCCAACAUUUUGGUGUUCCAUUGGUGUAUUAUAUUAUCAAAUCAAUCAGUACAGAGAUGCAUUGGAUGCCUACACUAGAGCCAUUCGUCUUAAUCCAUUCCUUAGUGAGGUUUGGUAUGAUUUGGGUACAUUGUAUGAGAGUUGUCAUCAACAUACCGAUUCAUUGGAUGCUUAUCAACGUGCUGCAGAACUUGAUCCACACAAUAAACAUAUUCAAUCACGUCUUGCCACACUUAGAGCCCAAGUUUCAGGUAAACCAAUUGGUAAGGAUGGCUAUGAUCUUCAAAAUGGUGAGCAUGGUGAGCAUGGUGGUAAGUCAACUCCAAUGAUCAUCGAACCAAAUUCACCUGGCACUGGUGCAAUGGAAUCAUUAGGUAAAGGUGGUCAAAAUAAUCGUAAUGGUAAUAACAAUGGAAAUAAUAGUUUUGUUCCUGAAUUGGCUGAAAUUAAUUCUCAUCUUCCUGAAGAUAUGAGAAACAAUUCUUCAUUACCUUCUUCAAAUGAAUUAAAUUCAAGUUUAAUUGAUAGAAAAACUGAAAGAGGUAGAGGUGAAGAUAUGCACAAUUCACAUCAUUCGCAAUAUUCUAAUAGUAUGUCUAUGAAUAAUAUGAAUAAUAAUAAUAAUAAUAUGAAUAUGAAUAAUAAUAUGAAUAACAAUAUGAAUAAUAUGAAUAAUAAUAAUAAUAAUAUGAAUAGUAUGAAUAAUAUGAAUAACAAUAAUAAUAAUAUUAAUAAUAAUAUGAGCAAUAAUAAUAAUAACAACCAUAAUAAUCACCAAAUGAAUCAAUAUAACAAUAAUAAUAAUAAUAGCAAUAUUAAUAAUAAUAAUAAUAACCACCACAAUAUGAAUGAUAAUGUAAAUAGUAAAAAUAAUGAUGUAUUAGAUAGAAGAUAUAAAGGUAUUUUGGAACGUGAAAAGACUAGUCCUAAUGGAGAUGGUAGAGACAAUAGAGACAAUAUUAGGGAUAAUAGAGAUAAUAGAGAUAGUAGAGAUGGUAGAGAUAAUAGGGAUGGUAGAGAUAGCAGAGAUAGAAUCCAAGAAUAUACCAGAGAAUAUAAUAAUAACAACAACAAUAAUAAUAGUAUUAGUAGUAUUAAUAAUAAUAAUAAUAAUAAUAAUAAUAAUUAUAAUAAUAAUAAUAAUAAUAAUAAUAAUAAUAAUAAUAAUAAUAAUAACAAUGGUUUAAGAGCAACAUCUCCGUUACCAUCACACAAUGAUAGAAGAUCUUAUGAAAGAGAUAAUAAAGAACGUAUUAAUAAUAAUAAUAAUAAUAAUAAUAAUAUGAAUAAUAAUAUGAAUAAUAAUAUGAAUAAUAUGAAUAACAAUAAUAACAAUAGUAAUAUUAGUAGAUUCGAACAUCAAAAUAACAGAACAUCUUCACCAUUUGAAAAUAAUAGUAACAACAACAAUAAUAACAAUAACAAUAAUAAUAAUAAUAUCAACUAUAAUAAUAUUGGACAAAGAGCACUUUCACCACAAUCAUCACAACAUAAAGAUAGAAGAGAAAUAAUAUUAGAUGAAGAAUCUGAUAUUAAUGAAAGAUCAAAAACAAGAUCACCAUCAAUUGUUAAAGAAGCUGAAGAAAAGAGAGAAACUGUGAUUGUAGAUAAGGAAAGAUCACCAACUCCUAUUAUUACAGAAAAACCAGAUGAAAAACAAGUUGAGAAGGUUACCGAUAAAGAAUCAUCUUUAGUUGAAAAAGUUGAUAAAGAAAAUGAAAAAGAAUCACCAUCAUCGUCAUCAUCAUCAAAAGAAAUCGAAAAAGAAACCGAAAAAGAAAAAGAAAAAGAGAAAGAAAAAGAGAAAGAAGUGGAAAAAGAGGUUGAAAAAGAGAUUGAAAAUGAUAAAGAAAAAGAAAAAGAGAAAGAAGUGGAAAAAGAUGUUGAAGAAAAUAAAUCUGUUGAAAAAUCAAGUGAAAAACCAGUUGAAAAGGAAUCCACAACUACUACAACUAAUGAUGAGGAUGAAGAAGGUGAAUUAAGUGAACCAACAACAACAACAAAGAAAGAUGAUUCAUCAAAAUUACCAACUGAUGAAAAGAAAUUGUCAUCAGUAUCACCAACCACCACCGCUGUGGAGCAAUCAAGAGAUGAAACUAAAGAAUUGGAAAUGGAUACCAAAGAAGAUUCAGAAAAGGAAAAGAAAUCAUCAACUACCACCACUGCUGCUGCAAGUGAAUCUGUAAAACCAAUUGAUGAAGAAAAAAAAUCACCAACUACUACCACCACCACCACCACUAACACCACAACUGUAGAACCAACACACAAAGACAAAGAGUCAUCAAAAAAUGAUGAUACUACUACUACUACCACCACCACCACUACAAAAUCAGCCAAAUCUCCAAACUCUUCACCAACUAGAUCUGAUGAAGUUGUUGAACCACAUCAAGAUGCCUCACAAGAGGAAAUCAAUAAAAGAAAAUUAGAAGAUGAUAUCACUUCAACUCCAAGUAAAAGAUUAAAACCAGAUUCAACUCCUUCCUCUGCAACAACUGCUUCAACUCCAUCUGAACAACCUGAAUCACCACUAAAGAAAGAAAAUCCAGUUGGGGAAACUUUAUCACCAGAAAUUAAAGAUUCAAAAUCAUCUUCAUCUUCUUCAUCCUCAUCAUCAUCAUCAACUAAUACUGGCAGUAGCAGUACCAAUAGUUCAGCUAAAAAUGAACGUGAUAGAGAUAGAGAAAGAGAAAGAGAACGUGAAAGGGAUAGAGAAAGAGAGAGAGAAAGAGAAAGAGAGAGAGAAAGAGAACGUGAAAAAAAUAAACAACCAACAAGGGCUCCAAUUAAACCUUCAUCUCGUAAACUCGAAAGAUAA